AUGCCUAAAAUUUAUUGGAACUCAGAGAACACUCGAGUGCUCUAUAUGUUGUUUGCCGAACAAGUUGGAAAAGGAAAUCGGCCAAACACAUACUUGAAUGCACUUGGUUAUGCCGAGGUUGAGAAAGGGUUCAAAGAUAGGACUGGAAUUGUGGCUACCAAGGUUCAGAUCAAGAACAAAUGGGACAAGUUGAAGGAAGAUUUCAAGACAUGGAAGAAACGCUUAUUUCAGGACAUUCCGGGUUGUGGAAAGUUUAAAAAGAAGGGCCUUGAGAAUGAAGAUGAAUUAGCCAAGUGUUUUGCUGACAUCACUACUAUUGUUAUUGAUUAUUGGUGUCCUCAUGUUGUGAAUGUUGAAGCAACAGAAAAUGUUGAUGAGACACAAGAUGAGGCAACCAAUUUUGAGACACAAGAUGAUGAUUUCAUUCCUGAAACACAAGAGGAGGAUAUUGGUAUUUCUCCUCCACCUGCGAGUGGCAAGAGGUUGGCAAGGCCUGUUGAAAGAAGUGGCAAGAAGGCGAAGUCUGGAAAUGCACUCCUAAUUCAAGGAGCAAUAACAAGUAUGGCAAGUUCAGCCAAUGAAUAUGUUUCGAAGAGGCAUGAAAAAUAUUCUAUUGAUGAAGUGAUGGAGGUUAUGAUUGCUUGUGGGGCCGGCUAUGAUGGCAAUGAAUAUUACAUUGCGUUUGAACUAUUUGUGAAGAAGGAGCAAAGGGAGAUGUUUGUGAAGAAGGAGCAAAGGGAGAUGUUCAUGACCUUGCCUACUAAUGAGAUUAGGUUCAAUUGGCUUAGGAGGAAAUACAAUGACAAAUAUGAAAAGUAG